CCUCAGUAAAUUCCCAGGCCGGAUUGAGUUUGUUAUCGAUAAACACACCGCUAAAUAAUGGAUUUACUGGGCAGUAUUUUGAGUUCCAUGGAGAAACCUCCUUCAGUAGGAGAGAAAGAAAAGAAGUUAGCACAAGAGAGGAAGAACCAGAUUGAGAAGAUGAAGCUGGAGGACAGGAAGCGGAAGAACGAAUUCAGAGCAAAAGUCGAGAAAGAAGUUGAUGCAUUUCUGAAUGACAGCGCACGAACCAGACUGAAGUAUCCACCAAUUGACAAGGUUUAUCGCAGCAUAAUACAUGAUGUUGCAGAGGUAGCUGGAAUGACUUCAUUCUCAUUCGGAGAGGCAGAGGUAGACCGCUAUAUCAUGUUGUUCAAAAAGGAAAUCCCUCCUACUGAGGAGGAACUCAAUGCCUACAAGAGAGGAGAGAAGUGGGACCCAGAGGAGGCCAGGUUCCUGGCAAAGAAAGUGGCGGAGGAGGCGGAGAAGGCGCGGCAGGUGGAAGAGGCAAGAGAACCGGUCAAGGUGGUACCCACUUCAGAUUACAAGGCUAAGUACAAAGACUUGAUCGGGGAGGAGAGUGCCAAAGAUGCAGCCCGUCAUCUCACACCAAACAAGCAGUUUGGCUUCGUUCCGAGCGAAAAUAAAAGAGACAAACGUUCAGUGGAGGAGACGUUAGAUGCAAUACGAGCUAAGAAGCAGAAGAAAUAUGAUGACGGUAUCCACCAAGUUCCGAGUAAUAUCGUGGCAGAGCUUUGCAGUACAUCAAACACAGAAAUCAUCGUGGAGGUUCCAAGUGCUAGUCAAAUUGAGGCAAAGACAGAGAGUAGCAGUUCAUCAAAAACAGAAGAUCAAUGAUGCUUGUAUCCCUCAGUUUCUAGAUAUUUAUAUGUAUUUUUUUUUCGUUAUGCUUGUGUAAGUUUAUUUUUCCACUGCAAGUACAUUUUACUUCUCAUGCAAAUAUCAAGGAUUCUUUAAAGCUGUGAUGGAAGGCAGGGCUCCCCACACGCUUUUAUUUUAUUGCUUGGAUCCAAAAUGAUAUUAAAGAUAAAGACCAGUUAUGGUCAUGCGAUUGCAUUGUGAAAGAAACGUUGUGGAAUCGAUCAGAAAAGGUUGAUCAUCUAGCAUAUAACUAUUGGUGUGUACUGCAAGGUUCUGGAAUCAUCAAAAUGAUAAGAAAUUUGGCCCAGUCUUCGUAAAGUUACAAGCACUUACACAGAAGAUGUGUAUUGGACUACGCACACAUGCGCGACACAUGCGUUUAUCUCUCACAGUCCAAUAGAUAAACUAAUUUACCAAAUAUAUCAAUUAGUAGGCGGUUUCCCGGCAAAUUUUUUAUCAUCAUGUAUUGGUCAAAACAUAUUCUUUCACAUGAUUAGAAAUAAAGAGCAUCCAUUUCAUUUUUUUUCCCAAAACUGGUCUUUCCCUUUAAGGGGUCUGAAGGCCAUAUUUACUUUUACAAUGUAUGGGUAGGACCACUAGGAUGUGGGACUCAGAAGCAUAAUUGUGUGAGACAAUUUGUAAAGAACCCCAGUUCCAGUUUGUGUGGAGCCCUAUCAUAUUAAUGUUUGUAAUCAUGUUCAUCUAAAAUUAAACAUUCUGAAAUGAGAUAUGUUGUAAGGAAUAAAAUAGAAUUUAAAACACAUACAAAAACAUCCUCCUCUUUGAUUGAAAUACAAUUCACAUAAGCAUUUAUCUGCAAAAUGAUUUUUUUUAUUUAAAAAAAACAAAAUUUAUAUUGAUUUUUAAUGUGAUAAAGAAGUGAUGCAUCAAUUAUUGUCCAUUACUAGCAAUCUUCUUUGUUUCAAGGGGCAAAUAGAAGGUAUUUGGUGUCCUAUUUCUUACGAAGUAUACAUUUUGAAGUAUUAAUGAUAUAAAAAAAUAUACAAUUGAAGUAUCAUUUUACUUGUUAUUUAGUACUCUGCUCCAAGCUGUAGAAUAGAGCUAAUGAUAAACUUCAUACGAUCAUCUGAUGUACUUACCAGUAAAUCUUUGGUGUUAUAUUUUAUAUUUUGAACAUACAUGUAUAUAAAUUGACAUCAAAAGUAUCAUGCUACUUAAUAAAUUUUCUCCUUUCAAGCUCUAGCAGGGCUUGCAAAUUUAACAGUCA